AAUCCAAAAAUCAAAUCUAAUGCCUUAAAAGCUUCAUUAACGCAAAUAAAAUACUAUAAUCUAUGUAAUCUAAAUAUAUGAUUAUUAAUUAUGCCUUCAUAGAAGUUGAUCAUCUUUGAUUUUACGAUCUAUUUCAUCUAUAAGUGCCUUAAUACUAGCUCGCGUUAUGUCUACCAUCGAUGCUGAAAGAUUAGACAAAAAAAUAUUGAACCGUGAGCCUGAUUGUUGUGCCCCUUUGGGUGAAUUAAAACGCUCAUCUGAUAAGACAAUCUUUUACCAAUUGCCAUUGCCUAGUGAUGGCUUGCCUGUACCUUAUCCAGAAUCAUUUACUGAUUGUCCAUUUUCUACUGACUCAUCUCAGUCCAUGGAGUUUGUUGAAAUGCCUUUUAUUAUAGUUUGAGCAACUCGUCUAGAAACCAAAUUGGUCAGGAGGCCAGUCACUGGUCCGAAAUUGUUAGAUACCUAACAGAUACGCCAAUUUUAACAACGAAGGAAUUGAUCAGUGCAAUUAAGGCAUGUAACUCCACGUAUAAAAAACGAAAUUUUAAUGUUUUAAGACAACUCAUGGAGAACAAUUUGACAGACGAGGAUAAAGAUUAUUUUUUCGAGGAAACAUUGCCUAAGAUAAUUGAACUGGUAAUCCAAUUGCCAAAACUUAUCCGUCAGCCAAUUCCCAUCCUUAAACAGAAAGUUAAUCAUUCCUUAUAUUUUAGUCAACAACAAAUUGCUUCUUUGAUUGCUAAUGCAUUUUUUUGCACCUUCAAAGAUAAAAAGAGAACAUCGAGCAGCAAAUUACUGGACAUUAAUUUGAUCAGAUUAUACGUCGAGCAAGAACGCUUCAAUGUUCACCAUAAGAUACUUAAAUUAAGGUGUAUCUUGAAUUACUUUCGUCGAGUAACCAGAAAUUUACCAAAAGGAAUUGUCUCAUUUGAACGACGUUUUCUUCAGCCUGAUGAGAUUCCUAAAUGGAACAAGUCUAAUAAAAAUUUGACCAAAAUUGUUGUAAAAUCUGACAAGUUGAUUGAAAAGAAAGGCAAAGGAUUGUUACAAGUCAAUUCUACUUAUCAAUUGAUUGGAGCCGAUUUUAUGAAUUCAGAUACCAGGUCUCAGAUGAUUCGUAGCUUUUUGGCUUACCCAGAAUUAUUGAUGUUGAGAUUAUUCACUGAGCUUAUGUUGAACAAUGAAUCACUUUUAAUUGUUGGAGUUGAAAAAUUCAACAGACGAUCACUGCGCAAAGGAUAUUAUUCAAAUUGUGUUGAUAAAACACAAACCGAUGAAUGGGGUCGACGAUACAUAAAACUACUUGCUCUUGAUGCAAAAUACUUUGCAUGGGACAAGAUUUCUAACCAGUAUAAAAAAUCAUACAUUGAUCGAGAAUUGAAUAAAGCUUAUUCUGGUUUCAUAGACAGAAGUGAAUCUGACCCAAAGCACAGAUGUGCUAUUGCAACUGGUAAAUGGGGAUGUUUCAAUAAGCGUGGCGAUCCUCAACUAAAAUCAUUAAUCCAAUUGUUAGCGGCAUCUCAAGCUGAAAGAGACUUAAUGUUUUGUUCCUUAAAAGACAUCAAGCUGGCCGAUGAGUUGAAAGAAAUGAAAAAAAUAUUGAUCGAAAAGGGUUUAAAUGUUAGCCAAUUAUACAAAAUUUUAUGUCAAUUUGAUGAAUCUUUAGAGACGGAAUACCCGGAGAAAGGAUUACUAUUUCCAUAUUUAACUCAACAGUUAUCCACUUUUAAUGCGAACAAUUGAAAUUCAAUCUAACCAUAACCUGGUCAGAAUCCAAUUAUGUGUCACAAUUAAACUUCCAAUGUUAAUCAAAAACAAAUUUGAAAAAUAAAUACAAUUGAAUUUUCCUGCAA